AUGGAGAAGAUAUCAAAAGAGCGGGAGGGGGAAUGGGACUGGGGAGAGCGAGUUGCAAAAGCCGGCUGUGCUGUUAGUCGACUUUUGGUGUGGACUAAAGAGAGGUACUUUGGUGCUAACUACACACUUUACCAGGGACUGUACUUCGUAUGGGUAUUGUCACCUAGGUAUGAAGCACCGAUGCAGAAUACUGAGCCGGAGCAGUGGAUCCUGGGUAAAGGUCUGGAAGACUGGAAUGGGAUGGUGGAGAAAAGAGGGGCAGCCAUGACCGAUCAUUGGAGACUGGACAGGCCACCCAUGCUUUAG